UUACCCACUGUUGAAGAGAGUGAGAGAGAGAAUUAUCGUUCCCUUGGGUCCUCUGUCCCCAGUGAUCUGAUUCCAUUUCUUUUCUCUCUCGCUCUAUGUCUCUCUGAGUUGUACGGGUUGGAAGCAUUUCCUUUGGUUCUUUGGGAAAUACACUGAUAUGUUCCAUGAAAUGAGAAUCUUCUUGACAAAGCAGAAGCAGAUAUUCUAAUGGCUGAAUGCUCUUUUCUUGGGUUCCCUGCCUCGCGGAGCUGUUAAGGGAUGGUGGCAUAAAGUACGAGUUGCUACUAAAGAUGCAAUAUCCGCUCUGAUGUGAUUCUUUUCCAAUUUUGGCGAGGACAUCAUGUUGAUGCAAGGAGAUUUUGAUCUGAAUUCAGUACAAAUAUGCACUCGGUCACUUGAAGAAGCUUUGAAGCAAACUAUGCUCAACCAGGAGGUUAUAUUUAGGAAGCAGGUUGAGGAACUCCAUCGGUUAUAUACGGUGCAGAAGACAUUGAUGGAGAAUCUUGCAUGGAGGGAGUUUCAUACAUACAAUUCGAGGAAAGCAAGAACCCAAUCAACGCUGUUACCUUGUGCAAAUCAAACGAGCUUUGAAGCACUAGCAAAAGAAACAAUUUUUCCCUCAAUCCUCAUGGUGGGCCAAACAGAAUCUACAAGCCAUGUGUCACUAGAAGGGCACCUUAGGCAGAGGCCUCUAGAUCUUCAACUUCCUGCUGAUCAGUAUAUUAGACAUGUUGAUCCAGAGUUGAAACUCUCCCUGGGCAGUGGAGAAUACUAUUGGAGCAAGGGGAGUGCUAAGAGAAGUGGGUUCCAUAAAGAAGCUCAUUCCUGCAUCCACAAUGUUAUUGAUUUAGAAGAGUCAAUUGAGAGGGUAUCAAAUGAGGAUGAAAAACGUGCACCUUCUUUCAGCAAUGCUGAUCUGAAAACUCAUUCUGGACGCGAGAAUGAGUCAGAAGUGUCUGUCCUUCCUGAUCCGAUCAUCUCAAGUAGUGUGAAGAAAGAUUUACGGGAUGGGAUUGCAGACAAUUGCUCUCUUGUAGAUGACCGUAAAUGCUGUCAAGGGCAGAACUCUUUCAAUAAAGGAUUUAAAAACUGCGAUGUGGGUAUUCCAAGUACUAAUCUGUCCACCAAGAUGCAAGAGACCCCGCCACAUGUGGGCCUUAACAAAGUUCAACUUGAUGACUCAUCUUGUUAUGCAAAUGAUCUUAUGGUGGCACAUCCUUCAGCAGCCAGCUCAGCACAUGUUUUCAUUGAACUAGUUGGCAGGGUUCAGGACACUGGUGCAUCCCUCUUGACUUGGAGAAAUGAAAAUAAUAACUGCUCAAAUGAAACCUCUGACAUGCUUCACCGAGAUGAUGCAGUGAUUUCUUCUUUAGAACCCAACAACAAAAGCAAUAGAACAGAAAUUUGGGCUAGAACUUCCAAGUUUGAUGGUAUGGGUGGAAGUGAAAUAGGCCUUUCAGGUGUUGAGGCUGUCAGGCCCCCACCAGGCCUUUGUGAAGACCUGGGUUGCAUUAGCAGUGACCCCAAGAAUGCAAAUGUUGGGUUCAUGUCAGAACUUUCAAAUAAUUUUUUAUAUGAACCAAAUCAUACAUGUGUAGGUACUAGACAGAUGAACUUUGAGAAGAGCGAAGUGGUAGAUAUUUUACUUUCUGGUUCUGAUCAAAGUCAAACUACGGUUCUAGAAGGAUGUGGCAACAUAUCUCCUGCUUCAUGCAAGUGCCACUCCAAUGUUCAUAAUGGCUCCAACAGUGUAAAGACUACGCAAUCUGGGAUUGAAAUGGGGAGUUUAAAUCUCUCUGCUUUUGAUCAUUUCUCUGGAACCAAUAUAGUUUCUGAUGUUGCCGAAACCUUACCAGGCGAUCAGGAGCAAGGAUCAUCUGACAGCAGUGCAUCAAAACAUGAAUGCGGCAGUAAGAAAGAAGAAUCAUCGGAAGCAGAUGUGCUGAUCCAUAGGGCAGCUGAAUCACUUGUGCAUUUCUCCUUGGAGAUCUCAUCUGGUAAUCAAAAUUGUUCUACCAAAGCAAUGCUAACUGAGAUGAAAAACGAGAAGAGGGAGCAGACACAGUAUUCUUCUGAUUCUUUUGAGUUAAUUUCUCUGAAUCUAAAAGAAUGCAGUACAGAUAACUAUUCUGAAUCAUCGAAGCCAUUAGAAGUAAAUGACAGAGAGACAAAGGAUUUUUCUUUGAAGUUAAGAAGGGGCAGGAGAUUGAAAGAUUUUCAGAAGGACAUCCUUCCUGGUCUGGCAUCCCUUUCCAGACACGAAAUUGUUGAGGAUAUCAACAUUCUGGAGGGAGUUCUAAGAUCGAGAGAGUACCGGAAGAUCAGAGCAAGGAUGGCUGACAGACAGAGCUGGUGUGCACCCGUGAGAAGUAGACGGUCAACACGCAAUUAUGUUGUGAGGAAAAGAUUUUAAUGAAAUUUCAUUCUAUGUUGGGAGUGCCAUUAUAUGAAAAAUUCUUUCUAAUUCUUUAUUAUUAUUAUUAUUAUUAUUAUUUUAAUCGUGAGUGGCAUUAUUCAUGAAAAUAGCUUUA